AUGGCAAAAAUCCCCAGCGGGGCGGCUGAUUUUGCUGCACAUGUAAGUGAGGAAUCCGCAUUUAUUGAUACAAAGAGUGAGUUGGAUUAUUAUCUUGAAGAGAGACCGGUACCACAAACUGAACAUGAUUUUGAUAUCUUAAAUUGGUGGAAGUCAAAUGGGGCGAAGUUUCCUACUUUGCAAGCUAUUGCUAGGGAUUUUUUGGCGAUUCCUAUCUCUACCGUUGCCUCUGAAUCUUCAUUUAGUACGGGUGGUCGAUUUGUUACACCACAUCGUAGUAGGUUGCGUCCGGACACAUUAGAGGCUCUAAUGUGUAAUCAAGAUUGGCUUUGGAAUGAACUUGGCACCACAACUAACAUAGGAUUUGAGUGCUACACAAUUCAUAAUAUUGAAGGAGAUGUUGACGAUUCAAGUAAGUCGGAAUCUACCAUCACUACCAUUACAGGAUGAAAGAAAGAUUGAGACGGUGGAAUUAUGUUUUUGUGAUGUCAUGUACUUUAUUUAGUUGUUUAUGAAUAUGGUAGUUUGUUUAUGUAAUAUUUGGUUGUUUAUGGAUA